CUAAUUCUUUCUCUCAGUUUCACUUCCGCUGGACGGCGCUCCUCUCCGCUUCCUCACUUUGAUCUUUCAACUCUCCUCUUUCAAGGAGCUGUUGGGGGGUCGUACCACAGUUGUAUAUUUAUUGGUGGACAUUUUGAUCUUUGGUUGUGGUGGUCUGGGGCUCUUAGUUGUUUGGUUCUUAGCUUCAUUCCUCUUCUUGUAGGUAGGGCUUUUGUGCAUUAUAUGUAUGCUUUUUUGUAAGAGUGAAAUCCAAACUAAAGAGCAUGCAGAAGGAUAACACUAGCACCCCGUUAACAACAACUGGUCGGGUUCGUCAUCGAAGACGUUCAAAUGAGGUUGUUCCAGAUGUUAGUAUAGCCAAUGGAGGCAAUUUACUUGUUGAUGACAGUAACAAGUACAGGUCUAUGUGGAUACGGGCAUGCUCUUCUGUUUGGAUGAUUGGGGGAUUUGCAUUCAUUAUAUAUAUGGGUCAUCUCUGUAUUACUGCUAUGAUAGUUGUUAUCCAAAUCUUUAUGGCGAAAGAUUUGUUCAACCUACUAAGGCGAGACCAUGAAGAGAGGCAUCUCCCAGGAUUUAGGCUGUUAAAUUGGCUCUUCUUCUUCACUGCCAUGUUAUUUGUAUAUGGUCGCAUUCUCAAUCAACGGCUUUUUAAUACUAUAACUUCGGACAACUUUCUCCAUCAGUUUGUUAGCAGCCUUAUCAAGUAUCAUAUGGUUAUCUGCUACACCUUAUAUAUCGCAGGUUUUGUGUGGUUCAUCAUUACAUUGAAGAAGAAGAGGAUGUACAAAUAUCAAUUUGGUCAGUAUGCAUGGACACACAUGAUCAUGAUUAUUGUGUUUACACAGUCCUCUUUCACAGUAGCCAACAUUUUCGAAGGAAUUAUCUGGUAA